AUGUGGCGUCAAGGUGAAGUCCCGCAAGAUUUCAAAGACGCAACAAUCGUGCACCUAUACAAGCGAAAAGGGAAUCGUCAAGUCUGCGACAAUCACCGCGGCAUCUCCCUGCUGAACAUCGCCGGGAAGAUCUUCGCUCGCAUCCUUCUCAACAGCCUCAAUAACCAUCUGGAACAGGGCCUUCUGCCGGAAAGCCAAUGCGGCUUCCGUCGUCAUCGUGGGACCACGGAUAUGAUCUUCGCCGCCCUCCAACUACAGGAGAAGUGUCAGGAGAUGCGGAACCACCUGUACUCUACCUUCGUGGACCUGAGGAAAGCCUUCGACACGGUGAAUCGUGAAGGUCUGUGGAAGAUCAUGCAGAAAUUCGGCUGUCCAGAGCGAUUCACUCAGAUGGUGUGUCAGCUGCACGACGGUAUGAUGGCGCGAGCCAAGGACAACGGAGCUGUCUCAGAGGCAUUCACAGUGACCAAUGGAGUGAAGCAGAGCUGCGUACUGGCGCCUACUCUCUUCAGUCUUAUGUUCUCUGCCAUGCUGAUGGACGCCUACCGCGACGAACGCCCCGGGAUCCGCAUCGCCUACAGGACGGACAGACACCUUCUAAAUCAACGGCGGAUGCACUUCCAAUCGCGCGUCUCCACAACCACCGUUCACGAACUCCUCUUCGCCGACGACUGCGCCCUGAACGCCACCUCAGAAGAGGAGAUGCAACGGAGCAUGGACCUGUUCUCCGCCGCCUGCGAGAACUUCGGUCUGGUCAUUAACACGCAGAAGACGGUGGUGAUGCACCAACCGCCACCCAACUCAGCCACAGCCCCCUACGCGCCGCCGCAAAUCAGCGUGAGCGGAACCCAACUGCAGGUGGUGGAGAACUUCCCGUACUUGGGCUGUACUCUCUCCCGCAACACCAAGAUCGACUACGAAGUCGCCAACAGGAUCUCGAAAGCCAGUCAAGCCUUCGGUCGCCUCCAAAGCACAGGUUGGAAUCGUCAUGGUCUGUAA